UUAAUUCUGAAAAAUCAGUCUGUUAAUCGCCGUUAACGGACUUAGACGUGCAUCAGUCCAAUCGGCUAAAAAAUUACAAUUUAACGCCAAUUCGGUGCGCGCGUUGACACUUGGCGUGAAUGUCGCGAUUUGUCUCAAUACAAAAAAUACAAGUGGAUGAUAAAUACAGAGUGCAAUGCAUAAUUGAUAAAAGUGUCACGUAAGGACGUUUGACAGACAACACAACACAAAUUUUAAGGAUUAAAAAAACGCUGCAACAAAAUGACGGAGGAAAAUGAAAAUAAGCCUACUAAUGGCGUUGCACAAGGCACUGAACCAGAAAUAACUGGAAAUGGCAAAUCGGCGACCGACGAUAUUCAUGAGCCUACAGCAAUUGCCGACAAAUCACUGGAUACUCCGAUUGUACCUAUAUUUGGCGCAACAGCGAAGGAUAAAAAUGGUGCGGUGGAGGACAGCAGCAUCGAACCUGUUUCCAAUGUUUCUGAAGCAGAGGGACAAGUUAAGAAACUACCAUAUCCGAAAUCAGUAUUCUUUAUCAUCAGUAAUGAGUUCUGCGAACGCUUCAACUACUAUGGCAUGCGAACAAUUCUCGUGUUGUACCUGACUCGGCAACUAGGUUAUGACGAUGACACCUCUACCGUUAUAUUCCACAUCUUCACUAUGUUUGUGUAUUUCUUAUGCGUCUUUGGUGCUAUAAUUUCGGACAGUUGGCUUGGCAAAUUCAAAACGAUCUUCUAUCUCUCGCUCGUCUAUGUUGCUGGUUCAGUGUUGGUUGCUCUUGGUGCAGUGCCACCAUUGAAUUUACCUGAUACGGAAUUUACCAUGAUCGGUUUGGCAUUAAUAGCUUUGGGUUCGGGCGGCAUAAAACCGUGCGUCUCUGCAUUUGGUGGCGAUCAGUUUAAGAUUCCCGAACAAGUGAAGCAAAUGACCACCUUCUUCUCACUCUUUUACUUUUCGAUCAAUGCUGGUUCAUUGAUUUCGACUACAGUAACACCAAUUUUACGUGAGGAUGUGCACUGCUUUGGCGAAAAAGAGUGCUAUUCAUUGGCCUUUGGCGUACCGGCUAUUCUUAUGGCAGUUUCGAUAAUUGUCUUCGUGUUGGGUCGUCCACUUUACAAGAGCAAACCGCCGGCAGGAAAUAUGGUCGUAUUAGUCAGCAAAACCAUUGGUAACGCAAUUGCUACCAAAUGGCGGGAGAAGAAGACCAAUCCUCGCGAACACUGGCUGGACUAUGCCGAUAAGAAAUAUGAUCAUCAAUUGAUUGAAGAUGUUAAAGUGUUGAUGCGUGUUCUUGUACUCUAUUUGCCUUUGCCCAUUUUCUGGGCGCUCUUCGAUCAGCAGGGUUCACGUUGGACUAUUCAGGCAACGCGUAUGGAUGGUGACAUGGGCUCGUGGAAUAUCAAACCAGAUCAAAUGCAACUGAUAAAUCCUUUCUUAAUUCUGGCUUUCAUUCCUCUUUAUGAACUCGCUUUCUAUCCUCUGCUUGCUAUCGUCGGCAUUCGUCGUCCAUUGCAAAAACUAACACUAGGUGGCAUUUUUGCGGGCAUAGCUUUCAUUAUUUCCGGUCUUGUGGAGCUAAGCCUUGAGGACACCUAUCCAAUUUUGCCAACAGCUGGAAAUGCACAUCUUCGUGUCUACAAUGGCGAAAACUGUGACUAUGCCAUCACCUCUAAUUUGACCGGCAUAAAUUUCGACAUUGCUUCGCUCGAUAUGUUUGUGAACCGCAGCAUCAAUAUUGACUCAACGAAUCAUCUGUAUGUCGAAUUUGAGUUCACCGAGAAAGCCGGUCUAAACUGCUUCGAAUUUCCAAAGCAGACCUUUGCUUUCGAUACAACAACAGCACAUUAUUUGUUUUUGAAUUCGAAAAACACCACACAUCCGCUAAUAUGGGGCCAAGACACUAUAAGCAAACCCAGUCGCGGUUAUCCGUUCGUGCGUACUUUGGCGAACGUUCAGGCAGGUCGGCAAAUUGAGUGGAGGAAUAAGAAAGGCUCCAUCGAGCACACAGAACCCGCCAAUUUGCGCAACGAAACCGAGCUGAAGUCUGGCGAUUAUGAUGUUUUGGUCGAUAACACGCUAGCUGCCUCGGAGUAUCUCAAAGUUGGUGGCAUAUACACAGUUAUAAUAAAUGAAGAAACGUCUGGUGUUUAUAAGAGUAACACCGUUAUUGUAACGGAACCGAAUUCGAUGUCUAUUUUCUGGUUAAUUCCCCAAUACGUAAUUAUGACACUCGGUGAGGUUAUGUUUUCGGUGACUGGUCUUGAGUUUUCAUACGCGCAAGCGCCAGUAACAAUGAAAUCUGUACUGCAAGCUUGUUGGCUACUUACAGUUGCCUUCGGUAAUGUGAUCGUCGUGAUUAUCGCCGAAUUGAAACUCUUCGAUUCACAAGCCGACGAGUUCUUCCUCUUCGCUGGCCUUAUGUUUGUCGAUAUGAUCAUCUUCAUGUUUGUGGCCUACGCAUACAAACCAAAUAAUUCGUCUCCUCACAGCGAGGCUGAACCGUUGACGCCGGCGGAAACAAACGAGAAGGUUGGCAUUGACAAUGUGGCCAAAACCAUCGACGAGUAGGCUGAACUUCUUUGUGUUGAAUUGUACAAGUAAAUAUGUAAUUUAAUGUUAAUUAAUAUGAGUAUUGGUUUUGUACUUAAAGAGUUAAGUUAAAGCAUAGAAAGACAAGACGUAA